CGGAGACUCAAAACUAAAGUCAUUAAUAAAUAAAUGCACCGUCAAAUCAGGUACCUUAAAGAUAGGUUGCCUUGCAAAUCAGGUACACUAAAGAUAGGUUGCCAUAUUGUGGAAAACAAGUGAAAUUUAUGAACGAUUGACCAAAGCCGCGUUGCGUGAAAGAAGUGUUCACUUUCAGCUUCUGAAGGCUGACAGGAAAAUUGAUUGUCUUGUACUACAGAAUCCACUUUACCAUAGUAGAUAGGAGCUUGAAACCUUUUUAACUCACCAGCAGUGUGAAAAGAUUAUGGCGGAGAUAGUUCUGUGCCCUCUUCUACAGAUUGUCUUUGAAAAGCUAGCCUCUCGGUUCCUGAAAGAGAUUGCAGAUCGAUGUGGAUUCAAGGAUGAAAUCAAGAAGCUUCAACGCGCAUUGGGCGCUAUCCAGACUGUGCUUCAGGAUGCCGAAGAGUGGCAAGCUACAGAUAAAAGUUCAAAGUUGUGGUUAAGUGACCUUAGAGAGGUAGCUUUUGAUGCUGACGACUUGCUUGAAGAGUUUGGUCCUGAAGCGAUGAUACAAGAAAACAAUAAUAGCUUGACUGAACAGGUGACAAACAUUGUUCCUUCUUUGAGACCUUUCAUAACAUAUCUUAAAAAGUUGCCUGAACUAAAACAGAUUAGGGAGAGAUUGGAUGUGUUAUUGGAUGAGAGGUCUAAUUUCAAGCUCAAGAGAAAAGAUGGCGAUAAAGCGAUUAAAAGUCAACAGAAAAGAGAAACUGGUUCUUUUGUGAUUGAAUCCGAAGUUAUAGGGAGAGAAGAAGAUAAAGAAAAGAUAGUAGACAUGCUACAAUUAACUGCUGAAAGUAAAGUCAAUGAGGUUGUCUCAGUUAUUCCCAUAGUGGGUUUAGGGGGACUUGGUAAAACCACACUUGCUCAACUAGUCUAUAAUGAUGAAAGGGUGAUAGGAAAUUAUGAACUCAGGAUGUGGGUGUCCGUUAAUGAUGAUUUUCAUGUGAGAAAGAUUGUUAAUUUGAUGAUAGAAUCUGCAACUAGGAGAAAGUGUGAUGAUCUCAUAGGGAUGGAUGUUCUUCAGUCGAAAUUACGGGACUUGUUAUUCAAGAGAAGAUAUUUGCUUGUACUUGAUGAUGUAUGGAACGAAGAUGCUGAUGAAUGGGAUAAGCUUAAAAGUUUGCUGAAAUUAGGUGCAGAGGGAAGCAAAGUCAUAGUCACAACAAGAAGUGCAAAGGUUGCUGCGUGCUUCGCAAAUGAUCAAGAGGACCACGCAAAUCUGUUGCCUAUUGGAAAACAAAUAGUGAGAAAAUGUGGGGGUGUUCCUUUAGCAGCAAAGGCACUCGGGAGUCUUAUGCGGUUCAAAAGAGAGCCAGAUGAAUGGUUAUCUGUGCAGGAAAAUGAGAUUUGGAAUGUUUGUGAAGACGAAAAUGGGAUAUUACCUGCCUUAAGGUUGAGUUAUAGUCAUUUGCCACUGCAUCUGAAAGGAUGCUUUAUGUAUUGCUCGAUCUUUCCAAAGAACUACGUUAUCAAGAAAGAGAAGUUAAUCCAUCUUUGGAUUGCGGAAGGCUUAAUUCAGUCUUGCCAAUACCCUUUGCGAGGCACUCAAUCACGUAAAGAAGGAACAUCUCUUGAGAACAGCGGGAGCAAUUAUUUUAACGAAUUAAUGUGGAUGUUUUUGUUUGAAGAAGUGAAGAAAAACAGCGGUGGUGAUGUAGUUGAGUGCAGAAUGCACGAUCUCAUUCAUGAUCUUGCAAAAUCUGUUGCUGGAGAAGAGUUUUUCAUAUUUGAACAUGGUUGCCUGCCGAAAAAUCUGGCUAGAGUUCGAUACUCAUCUGUAGUUUGCCAUUCUGAAUCUUGUACCAUUCCAGAAGCCUUGUAUGAGGCAAAGAAGUUACGAACUCUUAUCUUUUUGUUUUCCAAUGGUGACUCUGGUGAAAUCCCAGCCAAGUUGUUUACACAUUUUCGGAGCCUGCGAGUCCUAGACCUCAGUUAUAGUGGCAUCAAAAGGUUGCAAAGCACAGUUUCUUGCUUGAAGCAUUUGAGGUACCUUGACCUGUCGAAUACCUUUAUUGCAACAUUACCAGAAACUAUAGGUAGCCUCUGCAAAUUGGAGGUGCUAAACAUUUCAGGUUGCUCUGAUUUGACUGGUCUCCCAAGGAACUUAGAUAGAUUGUGCAUGCUAAGACAUCUGAUCAUAAAUGAUUGCGAAAGGUUAACUUGCUUGCCAGACAACAUCGGUCAGCUAUUUCAUCUUCAGACAUUGCCGAUCUUUAUCGUAUCAAACAAGACCGAUAACUUUAAACAGUUGGCGAGGCUGCAGCUUAGGGGUGAGCUGACAAUCAAGAACUUGGAGGAUGUGAAACAAGAAAUUAGAGCAGUAAUCUUGGGUAUGAAAAACCUUCAUUCGCUGGAGCUGUCAUGGGGUGAUGAUCAUAAGCGGCUGGACUUGAAAGUUCAAAACGAUUCUAACUGCAAAUUAGGUGAGAACGUGCUUGACUGCUUGCAACCAUCAAAAAAUCUCAAACACUUGUCAAUAAAAGGGUAUCCAGGAAUCCAUCUUCCAAGCUGGAUAAAGACUCCUUCACUGCCUGUUUUAACUAAAAUAGUGUUGAUGAACUGCAAAAGAUGUGAACAUCUCCCUGCUUUAGGUCAACUUCCAGUACUAGAGAUCAUCCAUAUGCAUGGAAUGGAUUGCGUGAAGAAUAUAGGCAGAGAGUUCUACGGGGAAAACAAGAAGAAAUUGUUUGCAUCAUUAAAGGAGUUAUCCCUCAUAGACUUCCCUGAUCUGGAAUUCUGGUGGGGUAUAAGUGGAGGUGAAGAAUUCCCCUCCCUUGUCAAAUUAAUCAUCAAUAAAUGUCCUAAGUUGAUGAACAUGCCGCGAUUUGCAGCGCUUAGGCAUUUAGAGUUGCAGAGUUGCAAUGAAUCUAUAUUAAUGUCAGCAGGAAAUAUAACCUCGCUAUCUGUGCUCAUCAUUGGUGGCUUUACUGGACAAUUAAUUCUAUUGGAUAACUUGCUUCGGAGCAAUGUUCAUCUCUUGUCUCUAACUAUCAGCUCUUGUCCCAACCUUUGCUGCAUCCCACAGAGUUUGGGGAGCCUUGUGUCCCUAACAUCUUUGACAAUUCGUUGGUGUGACGAGCUCUCAUCUUUGCCACAACAAUUGCAGAAUCUAACCUGUUUGCAGUCUCUAGAGAUCAGUGAAUGCCAUGGCCUUUCUACUUCACCCCAUCAUAUCGACGGGUUAAUUUCCCUCAAAUAUUUAUCCAUCGAGAACUGCAGUAACCUAAGAUCAUUACCCGUUGGACUGCUACAUCUUACUUCUCUCGAACAAUUAACCAUCAUGUACUGUCCAAAUCUGGUGUGUUUGCCAACUGAGUGGCAUAACCUUUCCAUGCUGAGGAGUUUGUCCAUUUUAUGCUGCCCGGAGCUAUCAUCUUUGCCUGAAAGUGUUAAACAUGUUACAACACUGCAAAAUCUUGAAAUACAUGGUUGUCCGGGUUUACGUAUGUUGCCGGAGUGGAUUGCAGAUCUUUCGAUUCUUAGAUCUUUGGCAAUAUCAGAUUGUCCUAAUAUAAACUCACUUCCAGAAGGUUUUCAGAGCCUGGACACCCUUCAGCGUCUCUCGAUUCAUGAAUGUCCAAGGCUUGAAGAGCAUUGCAAGAAAAACUUAGGUAAGGAUUGGCCAAAAAUAGCUCAUAUUGCACAUAUUUACAUCGGAUCACCACAGCUCGGGAAAGUUAAUAAUGUUGCGAGCAGCUCAUCGCGUUAAUGUCGAAUACAAACAAAAACCUGAUCGUGCUGUUGACAAGUACGGCAACCCUGAACCGGCAAUGCCACUCGUAAAUGGUACUCUCCCGUUGAAUUAAUUUAUAAAGAUACAAAGAGAGUAUGGAUCCACUUAUACUGUAAAAUCAUUUGGUACAAAUUCAUGAUGCAUGAAGGUGUCUUUCAGGAGAUGAUCGUGUGCGUAAUGGGCAUGAGUUUUCGUUCGGGGUUGCCUGUAGAAUCAUUUGUACUGCUGCCUUCGGGCCACCAUAUGUACCGUUUUUGGGUUUUGAAGCUUUCAAUGAACUUCGUCUUCCCAUUUGCCUAACUGUUUUUAAGUGAAUCGUUCCUUAUUUAUAUAUGUAAUACAAACAAUUAUGGAAAUAUGUGAAAAUAAUUAUUAUCAAUAUGAUAA